CUCUGGAACUUUCUGGCUGGACAUAUGGAUCUUUCACUUCCAAACCUUUUCGACAUAAUUAAACUACGGAAACCAGCACAAGCUCCCAUUACAUUACAUUAUAUUAUAUUUUAUGCAUCAAAAGGUUCCUCCCAUUACAUUAUAUACUCUUCCAACUGCUGACUACUAACUGAAAUAGCAAGAACAUUUUGAUUUUCCUUGUUGCAAAUAUGUUGGGCACCGUCGAGUCAAACGGUGCCGUUUGUUAUUAUUCAGAGCUUGGGAUUGUCAAACAUUGCACCGACGACGAAAUUCGAUGCGCUUAUCGUAAGAUGGCUCUGAAGUGGCAUCCUGAUAGGUGGAUCAAGGACCCUAAGCUUGCACUAGAAGCUAAAAACCGAUUCCUGCGCGUACAAGAGGCUUAUUCAGUUUUGUCUAAUAAAGGGAAGAGAAGGAUAUAUGAUGCUGGCUUGUUUGGUCUGAUCGGAGAGGAUGAUGAUGAGGGAUUUCUUGAUUUCAUGCAAGAAAUGGCCUUGAUGAUGCAGAAAGUGAGACCCAAGGAUGAGAAAGGCAUGUUGGAGGAUCUUCAAGGAUUGUUAAUCGAUAAGAUGGCAGAUAAUGAAGGGAUGGAAAAGUCUGGGUUAAGCUGGAAUUCAUCUCCAUGUCCUACAAAAAGGGCACGUAUCUUAUGAUUCCCGUGUUACAAUUCAGUUAAUUAUUUUGAUUCUCACAUUUCAUCAAUAUGUAGUUUACAUAGUUGAGAAUUAUUAACAUCGUUAAAUUCUCCACCAUUCGGGCAGUAGCACAUCAAUUAUUAGUAUCUCAUCAUUUCAUGGAGUAUA